UUGAGGCAAACACACACACACACACACACUCCUUCAGUUUCUUCAGCUGGGAACACACAUACAGUUUGUCUUCUGACUGAGAAUUGGCUGGUGAGAGAAGCCUGUGUGUUGAGAUGCACACACACUGCACAUCCCUUUAUCUCUACAGCCAGCUCUCGUGGCCCCUGAAGACUGAGCGACUUUCUACAACUGUCUCCUGCAGAGAGGGAGAGAGGGGGAUAGUAGAACUCUACAGUCCUAAAGACUGAAGAAGGGAAGAGAGAAAGGACAGAUUCCUCAUCGUCACCAGAUUACCGGGAUGGAGGAGGAAUGGACAAGCUGAUGUGAUACAAGUGAUGUGUCUUAAGAGACGUCCCCUAGAGGAUCCUGACGAUUGACCCGUGAACCCUGACCCCCUGACCCCAGUAGGGGGGGGGGGGGGGCAGAGUGGAGGAUGCGUUGCCCCACCCUCAUGGCCCUCCUUGCGGGGGUCAUGCUGUACCUGGUGAUGGGCGCCCUGGUGUUCCGCUGGCUGGAGGCUCCCAAAGAGAGCAGUGAUUACGAGAACCUGAGAAGAAACAGGAGAACCUUCCUCCACAAUCACACCUGUGUCACUGAGGAGGACCUCGGACAGCUCAUUAACAAUGUGGUGGAGGCGGUGGACGCAGGGCUGGAUGCGACCAGUACUUCUCCCAACUUCACCAGUAGAUGGGACUUGUCCAGUGCUUUCUUCUUCUGUGGAACCAUCAUUACCACCAUAGGUUUUGGGAACCUUUCCCCUAAGACAGGACAUGGGCAGCUUUUCUGCUUGUGCUAUGCCCUGGUGGGCAUCCCCAUGUUCGGCAUCCUGCUGGCGGGCGUGGGUGAUCACAUGGGCACAGGCCUAAGGAAGGCUGUGGCCAACAUCGAGACCCUCUUCCUGAAACGACGGGUCAGUCCCACCAUUGUGCGUAUCAUCUCUGCUGUUCUGUCUAUCCUGAUUGGCUGUCUGAUAUUCCUCGCUGUGCCAACAGUAGUGUUUCAUAAAGUGGAAGGAUGGUCCUUCCUUGAGUCACUCUACUUUGUGGUCAUCACCCUCACUACUGUGGGCUUUGGAGACUAUGUUGCUGGCAAUCGUCAAAACAGCGACCUGUUUAAGCCCCUGGUGUGGCUCUGGAUAGUGUUCGGCCUAGCCUACUUUGCGUCCAUCCUCACCAUGAUAGCCAACUGGUUCCGCGUGUUGUCCAAGAGAACACGCGCCGAGAUGGAGGAACUGAGGGCUCACGCCACAGACUGGACCCAGAACAUCCAGAACAUGUCCAUGGACUUCAGGAUCCCCAACCCUCUGGACCUUAAUGACCCCUUCCUGCUUCAGCGGCGCCGCUGGAAACGCAGCACGCGUCGCCGUGUCCGCCGCUGCGCCCAGGUCACCCUGGGAUACCGUGCCCGGGGAUGCCUGGAGAACGGCCACCUGCCCAAAAGCUGGGUCAGCCGCUCAUGCUCCAUGAGCCGGCUGGAGGUGCAACCCCUGGAGGGGCCCAGACUCAGCCCUGUUCCAAGGCGGCUCCUCCUGAAGCCAGAGGAGAGGUCACUGGCGAGGUUGCUGGCCCGGUCCAUGUCGCUGCCCGCGGCGAGGUCCGUGUCAGAGCUAAAGCCCAGGAGGUCACGAGAUUCCGAGUCCGUCGAGUCCGACUCGAGGUCGGACAUCUCCUCUUCUGAUUCCCAAUCCUACCAGGAUUACCAGGUGGCGAGGAGGAGUCAGGGGGGGCGGAGGGGGCAGGGAGGGCAGAGUGUGAAACUGAGAGAGGAGAGAGGGCGAGAUGAAAGAGGGAGUCUGAAAGAUGACAGAGGGAGAGAAGAGAGAGGGAAUUGUGAUGUGGACAUGGUAACCAUGGUGGAGAUGAGAGGGAACCAGAGAAAAGAGAGAGGAAUUUUAGGAGAAAAGCAUGAGAGCUGGGGAAAGAAUCGAGGGAGCUGGGGAGGGGGGAGGGGGGAUUGGUCAGAGCACAGAGGGGACUGGGACGAAGAGAUACCCGUGUUUAUGGACGACGACAGCCCGUACGUUGUACCACCCCCUCUCCCCCACUCCUUGCCUCCCUCACUCUCCACCCCCACCAACACCCCGCCAAACUGCCCCCUUCUGGACUUCUUCGGGGAGAACCUGGCGUACAUCGACGAGUCCUCUGACACGCUCAGCGAUCGCUUCCAGCCCAGCGAUGGUGGCAGCAAUGGUGGAAAGAGAGCAAAGCCUCACAAGCCCCAGAGGCAGAGCAUGAGGAGGCAACUCCCUCACAGGAGCCCCCUGGAGGACAGUUGGAGGAGGAGCAGCGAGCUGCAGCCCCCUUCCAACCCCCCGACCCCGCCUCCUCUCUCCUCCCUCGGACGCUGA